GAAAAAUUCCCACGUCACAAUAAAAUGGUCGUAGGCAGGGCAUUACGAGCAACAGGAUGUGCCGCCUGCCGAUUAACUUUACUGCGAAGCUUUACAUCGUUGGCAGGCCCCUCAAUUCGAAUUCGGCAACCUACAAGGUUCUCCCGAUGUACAACGCAACCUCGACAGCUUAGAUACUCCUCUCAUGUAGGACGGAACGAUGAAAGCCCAAGAACAAAUGAAUAUCAUGAGGGUGGCAGAGUGGUUGAGGAGAAAGAUGAGGAGGACGAAUUAGAUGGUGAUUUGGAAUUCACCGAAGAUAUAGAAGACAAGCAAGUCUCUGCCAUACCUUGGUACCUCCAGGUCGAGUCGCCUCACAGAGCUCCGAGGCCUCUGUCCGAACGACAGCUCAUACCCGAAUUACCAGAACUUCCACCUCCGAUAUUGGCGCCACUGAUGCAGCAAGUAUCAAUUGAUCUUGGCCUCGAUGAUCUGAAAUUGCUCGAUCUCCGAAAACUCGAUCCUCCUCCAGCUUUAGGAGCCAAUCUAUUGAUGCUAAUCGGUACUGCUCGCAGCGAAAAACAUCUCCACGUAUCCGCAGAUCGCCUGUGCAGAUGGCUUAGGAGCACAUACAAACUGAAACCUGAUGUGGAUGGAUUAUUAGGAAGGAAUGAGCUAAAGCUCAAACUGAAGAGGAAGGCGAAAAGAGCAAAGCUUAUGGGAAGUUCUGUUGACGACAGCCAAGAUGAUGGAGUCAGAACAGGCUGGGUCUGUGUCGACGUCGGCGUGGUAGAUGAGGCCGAAGGAGUUGAGGAGUCUGCUCCGAUCAGAGACUUUGUUGGGUUUGGUCGGAGGACAGAAGGCGUUAGGAUUGUGGUACAAAUGCUCACAGAGGAGAAAAGAGAAGAAAUAAACCUGGAAAGACUGUGGACUGGAAUUCUCGAGCGCGGAACCCCAAAAGAUAUUGAGGAAGGCCAAGAUCUUGAUUCCAGCGAAACAACUCAACAAUACUUUCCAAUCUCGGCAAGCCCCUCGGAUCGAAAUUCUGCAUCCAGUUCAGGACAAAAUCGAAGUUACCACACCUCAGCACGUCGUCUCGCCGCAGACGUGGAAGCACGCUCAGGGCCAGGCCCGCGUUCUACUUUCCAGCCAACUACAGCAAGUCCCUUUGAGAAGUUUGACUUGCAGUCAAUUCAAGAUGCUAUUAUGCAGGAUCUUGCCUUGGGGAACUACAACAAGAUCAAGAAUGAUGUGAUUCGGUACAGUCAAAGUGUUCCAGAACUGCAGAAGGACGGCUGGAGACCAUUCUUGUUGCAUAGUCUACAAUCCCAUUUGGAGAGUGUACCAGCAGAAGAAGCACUCAAAAUGCUAGGCACUGGUGAUUCAGACCGCAGCUCUACUCCAUUUCUCGUGUGCUUUUAUGAGACAUUAUCGCCCAUCUACGUCUCAGAGGCUGAGGCAGAAAUUCUGAUCUGGUUAUCCUGUUUUGCCCAAGAAAUAGGCCAUCCUGGUUACGAGUACUUCAGACUUUUGGAGCUCUUGGAUCAAUUUCAAGUUUCCGGAGUGCAGAUCUCCUUGUCAUCCUACAGACGUCUUCUCCGUGCUAUAUUGACUCCGCCUCGAGGUCAGGAUUUCUAUCACGGCGCUUCACACGCCGCCUUAGAAGCGGCUACUGGUAUAAUUCAAACGAUGCACGAUCAAGGUUUUGACAUCCUUUCGGAAGACCUACUUAUCGAACUGCAAGAGCUUACGAUGCCCGAUCCGCUAACAGUCGUGCCCGAGCACAAGAUCUAUACAGAUCCGGAAGAAACAUUCGAUCUGCCUAGCUUACCAAUGCCUCCCAUCUCACAACGGUUCCACGUUCUUCUAGUCCAGUUGAAUUUACCCCUCUUUCGAGAUGACUCCAGAAUGCGGCUGAUGGACCUUUAUGCUAAUCGACAAUAUUGGCAACAGUUCUGGGAGAUAUUUAGAAUGGCCCCUCGUCAGAACAAACCUCAGUCAGCGUCUAUGUACGCUUUCAUGUUGUUUCAGGUUGCUCAAACCAAACAUCAAAAAGCAUGCAUGACUGUUCUACGGACUUGGAUUGUAGAUCUCCAGCAGGAAGAUCCACCCAUAGAGCUUACAGGAGAUGUUAGUGAGGCGCUGAAGGCUUGUCUUCUGGUCGCCGAUCCCCAUGUUGAGAAAGAUGCGAAUGACAAUCUGGAAGCUAGAGGAGAGUGGAUAUCUUUAUGGCGACGUUGUCAAUAAACACCGUCGAUAUGCCUAUGUACAAGUAAAUAUGUAACAAGACCAUGUCCCGAAUGUAUAUGGAC